UAACCUAGGCGUGAGUAUUCUUCAAAAGGAGAUUUUCAGUUUCCUUCCCGUCAAGAAAUAGAUUCAGUUCCGCGUUAAGACUUAAUCAAAGUUUUUUGUAUGCAUUCUGAGUUCGGUCAUUAAGUCAUCAAGAUGGUCAGUUUGUCGGAGGAGACUAGCAGGAGAACUUUCUUUGAUGCCCAUGAAGAUGAAGAUGAGCUGACUGAAUCAGCCACUCUUUCACUUGUGGUCAGUUCAGAGCAACAGGGUCAAACCAUCUCCACAACAUGGUGUAUCUUCCUUGAGAUUGUGCUUUUGUUGGGGUUAUGGGUGUGUGUCUUCAUUCUUCCUGUACUUGUCAAAGAUGAGGACCACAUUGGCCAGGUGUCAUCUAAUUCAUUGAUACUGUAUACAGCGGCUGGUCUAUGGUUUAUUCAGCUAGCUAUGGACAGAUUUUACAGAAACCAGCAUUACAGAAAUAGACUGUUUGGCUACCUUAGCUUCUACAGACGGACUCGCAACAUCAGAAGACUACCACUACUUAUUUCAUCUGCAAAGUUAGCCUUCCUCCUGGUGACUUCACAAGUUUUAGUGGACACUUGCGGAAAUAGAACCACUUGCGGAAAAUUGGCGCGAACGGCAUACCCACAGAUUAUCAUCUCUAUUUCUUGCUUCAUCCAGAUAGUGUUACUGGUUCUGUAUUCAGUGCACACGAUAUCUUUCAAUCGUAGUGGAGCCUUUCCCGAUGUGAAUGAAGAAGAAAUGGCAACCAGCUUUCAGCACACCAACACCGUCCAUUCAGACAUUGGAUUUAGGGACGGGGGCCUGGUUGACCAGGUGCUUGAGAAACAAGCAGACAUGAUCCGAUACCUGAAGAAGCACAACGAGCAGCUCAGCAGGAAAAUCUGCUCUCUCUCCGACGAUAACAAAAACCUGCGAAACAGGAAUCAGUGAUGUGUAGCCAACAAAUGAAGCCUGUUGGCUACAGUGACUUGAGUGAAAAGACAUGACUGUAAUGAAAUCAGGGUUUCCACUAUGGGUGUCACCAUGGGGAAAUUUAAAUGGUCUUAAACUGCAAUAUAAAUAGUUAUACUUAUUAUGAAUUUUAAAAUAUGUCCUGUUAAGAACUGCAUGUACCACUUAUAUUUAUUGCAUUUUUUGUUCAUCAUCAUGACGUUAUGUUCUCACUAUUUUGUUAUACUUUUCCAUUGUCAAGUGUUUAUUAUAAUAAACUAUGAACAAAUAA